CCGGACCCCGCACGGUGCGCACGGCGCGGCGGGGCAGAGCUGAGCUGAGCCCGGCCGGGGCCGCAGAGGGGCGGCGUGGCGAAGGACGCCAAGACACUGCGGCCGCGCGGAGGGGACGAGCUGCGCACCUGGAAAGUUACCCGGCGGCCUGGUCCCUGAGCAACAUGGGAAAUGGUUCAGUGAAGCCCAAGCAUGCUAAGCACCCAGAUGGCCAGUCAGGGAACCUCAGCAAUGAAGCCCUGCGGAGCAAGGUGUUGGAGCUGGAGCGGGAGCUGAGGAGGAAGGAUGCAGAAGUUCAGGAACGGGAGUACCACCUGAAGGAGCUUCGGGAGCGGCUGGCCAAGCAGACCGUGGCCAUCGCGGAGCUCACAGAAGAACUGCAGAGCAAGUGCAUCCAGCUGAACAAGCUGCAGGAUGUUAUCCACGUGCAGGGAGGAAGUCCACUGCAGGCCUCUCCUGACAAAGUGCCUCUGAAUGUUCACCGCAAGACCUCAGGCUUGGUCUCGCUCCACAGCAGGAGGGGGGCGAAGGCUGGAGUAUCUGCAGAGCCAACAACCCGAACCUAUGACCUCAACAAACCCCCCGAGUUUUCCUUUGAGAAAGCGAGAGUCAGGAAGGAUUCCAGUGAGAAAAAGCUCAUCACAGAUGCCCUGAAUAAGAACCAGUUUCUGAAGAGAUUGGAUCCCCAGCAGAUCAAAGACAUGGUGGAAUGCAUGUACGGGAGAAACUAUCAACAGGGCAGUUACAUCAUUAAGCAGGGGGAACCUGGAAACCAUAUCUUUGUGCUGGCUGAGGGUAGACUUGAGGUGUUCCAGGGAGAGAAGUUGCUAUCAUCCAUCCCAAUGUGGACCACGUUUGGGGAACUGGCUAUUUUGUACAACUGUACUCGGACUGCCUCUGUGAAAGCGAUUACCAAUGUUAAAACUUGGGCCCUCGAUAGAGAGGUUUUCCAGAACAUUAUGAGGAGAACAGCCCAAGCCCGGGAUGAGGAGUACAGAAACUUCCUCAGAAGUGUCUCCUUGUUGAAGAAUUUACCUGAAGACAAACUAACCAAGAUCAUUGACUGCUUGGAAGUGGAAUACUAUGACCGAGGAGAUUACAUCAUCAGAGAAGGAGAAGAAGGGAGCACGUUUUUCAUUUUGGCAAAAGGCAAGGUGAAAGUCACACAGAGCACAGAGGGCCAUGAUCAGCCACAGUUGAUCAAAACACUGCAGAAGGGAGAGUACUUCGGAGAAAAGGCUCUGAUCAGUGAUGACGUCAGAUCAGCCAAUAUAAUUGCGGAAGAAAAUGAUGUCGCGUGCCUCGUGAUAGAUCGAGAAACAUUCAACCAAACUGUCGGGACAUUUGAUGAACUCCAAAAAUAUCUUGAGGGGUAUGUGGCCACCCUGAACCGUGACGAUGAAAAAAGACACGCAAAGCGCUCCAUGUCUAGCUGGAAGCUGUCCAAAGUCCUUUCUCUGGAGAUGAUUCAGCUGAAAGAGAAGGUGGCCAGAUUCUCCUCAACCUCCCCAUUCCAGAACCUCGAGAUUAUCGCAACACUGGGCGUUGGUGGGUUCGGAAGAGUGGAGCUUGUUAAAGUGAAAAAUGAGAAUGUUGCUUUUGCCAUGAAGUGUAUAAGGAAGAAGCACAUUGUUGAUACAAAACAGCAAGAACAUGUCUACUCAGAAAAGAGGAUCCUGGAGGAGCUGUGUUCUCCCUUCAUCGUGAAGUUGUAUCGUACUUUCAAGGACAAUAAAUAUGUAUACAUGCUUCUGGAGGCCUGCUUAGGUGGGGAGCUGUGGAGUAUACUGAGGGACAGAGGCAGCUUCGAUGAACCCACCUCCAAAUUCUGUGUCGCUUGUGUGACAGAAGCAUUUGAUUAUCUGCACCGACUGGGCAUCAUCUACAGAGACCUGAAGCCAGAGAACUUAAUUCUGGAUGCCGAUGGCUACCUUAAGUUGGUUGACUUUGGAUUUGCUAAGAAGAUCGGCUCUGGACAGAAAACGUGGACAUUCUGUGGGACUCCAGAGUAUGUGGCCCCCGAGGUCAUUCUUAACAAAGGACAUGACUUCAGUGUGGAUUUCUGGUCCCUGGGGAUUCUGGUCUAUGAGCUCCUAACGGGCAACCCUCCCUUUUCUGGGAUAGACCAAAUGAUGACCUACAAUUUGAUUCUCAAGGGAAUUGAGAAAAUGGAUUUCCCCAGAAAGAUAACAAGGCGCCCUGAGGAUUUGAUCCGGAGGCUUUGCAGGCAAAACCCAACAGAAAGGCUGGGGAAUCUGAAGAACGGGAUCAACGACAUUAAGAAACACAGGUGGUUAAAUGGUUUUAAUUGGGAAGGGCUGAAAGCACGGAGCCUUCCAUCACCUUUACGGAGAGAGCUCAGUGGCCCCAUAGACCACAGCUACUUUGACAAGUAUCCUCCUGAAAAGGGGGUGCCUCCGGAUGAAAUGUCAGGCUGGGAUAAAGACUUCUGACAGGAGAAAAAACAACCGGCCGCCGCUGUGCCCUGGAAGAGGACUGUGAGAAUCAGUGACACAGCCCUGGUUGUUUCUCUCUUCAAAGCAUUGUUAGACCUCUUGGAAGACAAUUACAGAAAAGGAAACCCUGAUAGACAGGGAAGGAGAAUGGCUGGAUGUGGUUCUGAAUGAGAACAUCUACGUUAGCUGCUGGGAAUUAUUUAUCCCUUUAUUCCAUUCUGUCCUUGUCUCAGAUGUCAAAGGUUGUCCCUUUCCAUCCCCAUGGUCCAAUCCAUUUUUUUUUUUUUUGGCAUAGGAUAGUUUUCUUGAAAAUCUGUUGCUCCCUCCAAAUCAUACUGUCCUGUCUAGAAUCCUAAUCAAAUUAAUAUGGCUUUUGUUCUUGACCACCUAAGCUAUCCAGAUAGAAGGAAGUCUAUAGAGCAACUUUAGAAGACUCUCUCCAGGGCUCGUUAGACACCAGGGAUCUAUACAGCAUCCUUAAGUGGGGUUUCCAGGUUUCUUGGGUAGUCAAUAGAAGACCAUGAAUUUCAUUUUCUUUCAACUUACAAAUACACUAAUACAUUUUUCUGAUGUUAAUGAGGAAAAAGGAAACAUUUGAAUAUUAGUGAGUGGUGCCAGCUACUAAAGGCAAGUCCAUCAAAUCAGAUAAUUACAUCAUUUUUAAUAACUUAGAAAAAAAACCAAAACGGUUCCUUUUUCUUUGGCCAGGGAUCUAUAAAAAAAAAAAAAAAACAAAACAAAAACUUUGUUAAACAUAGUUUGGAAAGUGUAGCUAAAUGAUGGGCCUUUGGAAAGGUUUUACCUUAUGUUAAAAAAAAUAUAUUUCCACUACCAAAGUAGACAAUUCAGUGGAAUAAAAUGCUAAGGACAUGUCCUUCCCACCAAAGACAAAGCAUAACAAACUCCUGACAGCUAAAGUUGCUAACUCUUUCAAACUCUGAGAUAUUUUGAUCAGUCCUAUUAUUACAGCUAUUAGUAAGCCCAAAGUAUAGAAAGACCAUGUGUGAUUUUAAUGAGAAGCCCAUUGGCAAAUGUUGACAUUUGUAAUCACUGUAGAAGUAAUGGCUUUGUUCAAAGGAGGCAAUUGAGUCAUGUCUAUAAUUAUAUCCCAGGCUACUGGGGAUGUGAUGGGAUUUUAGAAGAAAAAGGAACACCCAGAAUCUGGCCUCUUCCUGUUUCCUCUUGGUAAUCUUCCAAACUGGAAGCGAUGAGGAGAGGUUCCAGUGCACUAGACACCUGUCCCUGAGGGCUUUCCUGGUGUUUGUAGGUGUUCUACUUCCUCCCUUCCUUCCAAAAUGAAGGCAGAUGUCCCAGUAUCUUCUUAAUCUGGAAGAGGAGAGGUGGUAUCCUGAUUCCUAUAUCAUUCAAGCUUCUGAUUGUAUUUUCAUACGAUAUAUUCUAUGUGAAAAGAAAAACAUCCACUCCACACACACUUUCAUUUUUUAGAGAAAGUCAGCUGUCUGUCUCCUGAAGACUUAAGCCAGAUAAGCAAAGCCCAGAAUAAGAAAGUGCAUCCUUAAGAAAUUAUAUUUACACAUGUAGAGUCCUUUGCUGAACCAAAGAGUUUUGUUUCUUGGGGUAGAUUUUUAAAGAUUAUGUAUUGUAUAUAGAAAAGCCAUUUUUAAUAGGAUUAAUAUAACAUGCUUAAAAGAAUUUCUAAAGUCUAAAAAGAUCUUAUUUGCAUUUGAUUUCUAUGUACUAUAUGCUUUUCCAUGUAUAUAUUUUAUAAUUACCAACAUAUGCAGGGGGAAAACUGAUAUAUUGGAUGGCUAUUAGGACUGUACAGUUAUAGUAACAAUGAUUUUCUCCAGAGUGUCAUUGUAAUCGAAAAGUCCUACAUGUAUAGAGUUAAAACACACCUUGGAGGUUAAUCUUUCCUGUGAGUGGCCAUAUCAUAUAUAAUUCCCACACAUGAUUUAAUGUGUUCCCUUUACAAAGAUGAGGAUGUGUCAGACUGAAUUAUCAUUGAAUCGCAACUUGAUUUCUAGCUCAGUGACCUUGGGAAAUUGAUUUGCCUUUGGGUACUAGCUUCUCACUUGUAGAACAAAGGCUAGGCUAAGUGGUAUCUACAGACAGAUCCUUAUCUGGUAUCUGUGAAAUGGUCCUUGCUGCAUAGAUGGGAGCUACUGUUACUAUCUCUGUUAAAAUUAAAGCGGCCUUAAUAACUACUUAGUUCUGAACCAUGUGUGUCAAUGGUGUCUGUGUGCAUUGGUGUCUGAGUUAAAUUAAAUCUGCAGUAAAAAUAG